AAUUAAGUCGCCAGCCCCUCGCAUUCGUGAAGUCGUAUUUCUCAUUCGAGAAGGUGACAUUACAUGGCAGGGAUUGCGACCUGUUCCUGACGAUCACUACAAACAUUAAAAGUACGUCAAAUGCAACAUGCUAGAAAGCGUGUACUCUGCUAGUUGUGUCUUCGCAACAACAACGACUCGACGAAGAUGGUGAAGAUAUUGGGUGCUACAACAUGUAGCUUCCUGGCUUUUGCCAGCAUAGCGAGUGCACAACUACAGCCUCUACAUACCUCUUCGCGCUGGAUCCUCGACUCUUCCAACAAGCGCUUCAAGCUGAAAUGCAUCAAUUGGGCCGGCCACAUGGAGGCCAACAUUCCAGAAGGCCUCCAUCACUCCACGCCAGAAUCAAUCGCUAGAGUGGUCGCCGACUCCGGAUUCAACUGCGUGCGACUCACCUUCAGCAUCGACAUGGCACUCAACCAAGGCCAAAAAGUCAGCGACUCCUUCUCGACACUCGCGUCUCGCAGCGGCGCCGACCCCGCCGCCGUAUCGUCCCUCUGGACGAAAGUGCAAGAGAAGAACAAUUGGAUCUCCACCGCGACCGUAGGCGACGUCUUCGGACGAGUCAUCGACUCUCUGGGCGCCCUCAACGUCCGUGUCAUCCUCGACAACCACGUCAGCAAAGCGUCCUGGUGCUGCAAUCUCGAAGACGGCAACGGGUGGUGGGACGAAGGGAGCUUAUACAUCCAGGCCAACUCCCGCUUCUUCAAGACGCAGGACUGGUACAAGGGUCUCGCUGCCAUUGCUACGUUCUCUAAAGCCCAUCCUGCGGUCGCGGGCGUCGGACUGCGAAAUGAGAUCCGCGAGGUGCCUGUCCUGCAGAAUAGAGACGCUUGGUAUAAGUUCGUGACGAAUGGCGCGAGGGCUGUCCACGAUGCGAACAAGGACCUUCUGAUCACUGUCGGGGGGACACUCUCGUCGACGGAUGCUUCCUUCCUACGCAGCAAGCCUCUGGACCGCGCGCCAUUUGGAGACAAGGUCGUCUGGGAAUGGCAUCAGUACACCUUCUCGCCACCAUGGAUCGCCUCUUUCAAGUCCUGUGGCGUAUGGAAGACCACAGUCGGUGGCUUCACAGGAUUCCUCCUGGAGCAAGACAAAGCUUUCACGGGCCCCCUGUGGCUGUCUGAGUUCGGCGCUGCGUUGAGUGGAGGGCCGCCUGAGCGAAGUGGCAUCGGGACUCAGGAGGACUAUGAUUAUUUGAAGUGUAUGGUGGAGUAUGCGGUGGGGAAUGAUGGGGAUUGGGCGCUCUGGGCUCUGCAGGCGAAUUAUUAUGUUAGGGAUGGGGUGGUGGAUAAGGAGGAGGGGUGGGGAUUGUUGAAUGCGGAGUGGACGGCUUGGAGGAAUCCAGCGGUUAGGGAGGUCAUUGGGAAGUUGUUCGAGACUACUCAGGGCCCAAGGUAG